AUGCAAUAUAAAACUUUGUACUAUUCAACUGGCAUUGUUCAGCAUGCACUUGCUUUACCAUCUUUCUACAGCUUUGCUGCACCCUCCAGCGUUGGUUUUAUAAUCCCGUUGUGUACGCUAGACAUGAUGGCUGUAGCAACAAACAUGUCGUACGUGUUCUUUUUCAACAACCAGGAUAAUGCUGCUGGUUUCAUGGAUAGCCAUAUCCUCAAGCAGGCAUUGUACCGGACACUCGCACAGUUUCCAAUACUGCUGGGCCAUCUGCAGAAGGGAAGAAAGGGGCGUGUCAAGGUCGUAGUUGACAGAGAGAAUAUAAAUGUCCCUAUAUACCGGGAGACAACCUGGAGCCAAACGCACUAUACAGAAUUACUUGAAUCCCAGUUCGAUUUCAAACUGUGGCCGGAACAUCUUAUGCCUGCUGAUAGCUGCUUGCGGCCAGACCCACACACUAGAGAUAUCAAGCUGCUAAGCAUAUCUAUUAUGCGACUGAAGAGCAACAGCGGGGUGGCAGUCUGCAUAAGCAUACCGCACUAUGUGAUGGACGGAUGUGGCUACUUUGAAUUCGUUAAUCAGUGGUCUGACGAGGCCAAGGCUAUAGUCGAAGGCACAUGCGCACCAAAGAGAGAGUUUCUUUUUGAUAGAUCGGUGGUAGACAGGUAUCUCCCGCCGGAGCGAGCCGCCUUGCCUGCCCUUGUCGACAGCCUGUAUGCUACCCGGUCGCCGUUCUUCGAGUAUGUGGCACGUCUGCCACCGGUCUGGCGUGCCAGGUUCGUGAUUUAUAUGAGAAGAAAGGAAACAAUACGCGGGUGCCUGUUUCGUAUGUCGCGAGAUAAACUCGACUAUCUCCAUCAACUGGUGCGCCCGCAUUUGCCUGAGGGAAUGCGAAUUUCUGAUAAUGACCUACUUAUUGCUCUGUUUUCCAUGGUUGCUGGGUACGCCAUGCUCGGCGAUGCGAAGGAGGUUAUGCAGUUAAGGAGGGCAGCAGACAACCCAACCCGUGGGCUACUGGGAGAGCAGCUUAUGUGCUUGCCAUGCAACUUCCGGUCCCGCAUAGGCAUGUCAGAUAUCUGCUACACCGGCAACAUGCAGUACCCAAUUGGCUUCAUCAAUCCAAUCGAGCAUCUGCUAAAGCCAAUCACUGGCGAAAGCCUGGCUGAAGUUGCUGCCAAGGCGCGACUGGCAGUGAAAGAUGUUACGGCUGGAACAGUCGCAUCGUUUGUCGAAACAAUCAAUUCGCAGCCGACAUCCUAUGCACGGCCAGUGGGCAAUACGAAGCAUUUCGCGCAGAUUCUGGUUGUAACAAACCACAUGACGCAAAAGAUAUAUGAGACUGACUUUGGGUACGGCAUGCCUGAUAUUGGCAUACUAUCACCAGUGUUUGCGCCUGCAGUGAACUUCAUUGUUCCGUGCAAGCCGCCGAGCGCAGAUGUGUACCUGCAUAUGACCUAUGAUCUCAAGGUCAUGGAGAGAAUCAUUGAGAAUAGGUUCUGGCAGUCACUCGUUCAUCAGAUUUAUUAG